UUUUAGGAUGAAGCACAUAUUGUCCAUGCAAUUCUCUCUGAAAACCUGAGAAAGACGGGUUGUGCCAGACAUUGUUCUGAAGAACAAGCGUGCUUUAAUCAGAGUGUUGAUUGGAGAGGGGAAAACAUGUAAAGAAAUGCAGAAAAUGAUAGGCUGCUCAGCUCAAAUGAUCACCAAUGCUAUAUAAUGGAAAGCCAAACCAGAGAGAUGUGGAAGAAAAUGGAAGACUACCAUUCGAAUGGAUCGAACAAUAGCCAGAAUGUUUCUCUUUCAGACCCAAACAUCAUCACAGCCGAGUCUGGACAGAACGUCACUCUGCCCUGUCGAGCUUCAAACAACAACUUCAUAAUUCUUGAGUGGAGCAGAGCUGAUCUGGGGACACAGCAUGUUGUUGUGUACCGGGAUGGGCAGUUUAGUCCAGAAAACCAGCAUCAAUCUUUUAAGAACCGGGUGGAUCUGCAGGACAGACAGAUGAAGGAUGGAGACGUGUCUCUGAUUCUGAAGAAUGUGACAACUGCUGAUAAUGGAACAUAUGAGUGUCGAGUCUUAAUGGGAGAAAUACACUCGUGGGAGCUCAACAUCAUCUACCUGAGUGUUGUUGAUCCUCCAGGUCAGACAGGAGGAGACACAGAGGAUGGAGGGAAGAAGGAUGGAGGGAAGAAGGAUGGGUCUGUUGGACUGAUAGCUGGUCUGUCUGUUUGUGCCGUGCUUCUUGUUGUUGUUGUUGGUUUUUUGAUCUACAGAAAAUGUAAACAACAGAAUGAUGGUUCAUACCAGCUUCCAGUUGAACUGCAGAAGGUUUGAAAUGUGAGUCUCUGCUGUUUUCACUUCUCAGUUUUGUCAUUCAGCGCUGCAGGAUUAUCUGAAUGGCGUUAUUAUAAAAUUCGCCCAGAAUAAUUUUUUUUCUUUCUUGAAGGACCAAAUAAAUGUGGAAACAUCACAGUGAAGAUGACAGUAUUGUGAUACUUGUGUAUACUGAUGAAGUCAUGAACAGAUUCUGAGUAUUGUGAUUACGUAUCCUGUACAUUACAGUAUCACAAACAGAGAAUGUGUUUGUUUUAUCUUCUGGUUCAGCUGCUCUUUGUAAGAUCAAACUUGUUUAAACCACACAAACUGACCCUCAUGUUGCAGUAUAAUUACAUGGGCCGAACCAAGUGACGAGAUAAACACAGUAUAUUACAGCCUGAGUCUGAGUGUACACAAAGUUCCAUCAGUUAUACUUGAGUUUAAGACCCUUUGAUUUCUGGCAGAUAAAAGAUCUCCAAGGGAAUCACCUCAGACACUGAAGACUGAAGAGUGUUAUAACACUUUCAUUUAUCAGCAAGUCAGUGGUCUUUAAUGUGGUCUUUGUGGAAUUUAAUGUGUGCACUCUGAAUUUGAAAGUUGUUGUAACAACUUGAACUGCUUUGAAUGUAAGGAAACGUUAAACAGCUGAAUUAGAGAAGUGAAUGUUUGGACUGAAAUACUGGAAAUAAUUGGAAGUCAGAAGUGAUCAAAUAAUGUAAAUGUUCAUGCUGAACUUAUCUGUGCAGUUUGCUGUUCAAUAAAAAUGUGGCAGGUGAGGGCUAUAAAAUAUUUCCUGCUUUAUUAUUAUUUUAUUCUGUAAUACAAAAGAAAAAGAUCACCAACUAGAGCACUGCUGGACUCCACACAUUUUGCCCUUUGUCUGUUACAAUGCAUAUUCAUUUGUUUAAAUGGACAGAAAUCAUAUUUAAAGACUGCUGCCAUCUACUGCUAAUACUUGGUGCU